CAACAAUACUUGCAAGAGAUAAAGAGGUAAUUGCAGUAUGGUUGGUACCUACACCUAAUGGCCGUAUGGCUUACCUUUCUAAGAACUCUGCUUGGCUUCCGAAUGAUAUUGAAUAUAUCAACAAAAUCACGACUCACCUGAAAAAAAUAUCUAAAAGUGCCUCUGUGAUAUCAAAAAAUUCAAAAAAUUCUGAUUUUGCUCUAAUUGACGAUAUAUUUAGAUACUGUUCGACUAAGUUUAAAUCUCGACUUGAAAAACUUAAGAAAGAUAUAAAGAUGGGUCAAGAGAAGAGUCAUAAUUAUGUUAUUUCUUUCAUAGAUUACGCUUCAAUAUCCGUUAGUGAGAUAGAUACAAUGAAAAAGUCUAAAAUAUACUCUCUUUGUAACAAAUUUUAUGAUAAAGUCAAAAAAGAUUCUGAAGAUUCUACGUUUCACCCAAAAUUUUUAGGACAUAUCAAGAAAGUGGGAUCUUAUAUUGGGUCUGUGAGAGAAAUUAUUGCAUGUGCGCGUAAGGAAAAGUACAAACUCUUAUUCUCUAAUAUUCAAGUAUGUAGAAUGCCCCCUAUUAUUAUAGAUGAUCAGCCCAUAUUUUCGUGGAAAAGAAGGUGGGCUGAUGAUAGCGACUAUAAACAUUUCACAGAUAAAU